UUGUUCAUUUCAAUUUGCUUUCACAAGACUCGUUAAUGGAGAAAGGAGCCAAAAGAAAGAAGCAGAGAGAUGAGAAGAGAAGUCCAUUGCAAGAUCUCAAUGGCCUUCCUAUUCACAAAUCCAACAGCUCAAAUCCUUCUGUUUCCGUUGAAGCUCCAAAAGGUUGUUUAAGAUCUUUGCUCUCUUCAAAUUCCUGUUCUUCAUCCUCAUCUUCUGCUUCAGGAGCCCAUCUUGGCAAAAAGCCAAGAACUUUCUCUAAAAUAAAAAGCUAUGCGGCCAAGAAAUCAGCGGCAGAUACAUCAAAGCUGCUGCCCAGAUCUAAAGAAAAUGAGGUACCAAGAAGACAAUCUUGGCAGAAAUCCAACAGGAACCAGCCUCAGACCGGUAGCCAGAGGCGUUUCUGGAGAAGUAACGCGAGACCAGUUCAUGAAAAUGGCCAAAGAUCGAAGCUUUCAUCUGUUCACGGCAAUCCCGAGAACAAAUUGAGUAAAGGGUCUGGAGAAUUUCAGGCAAAGAUGAAGAAAUCACAAGAAAAAGGUCCAGGUAAGCUACCCUUUGAGCUGCUUGGUGUAGCUAAUUGUAGUAACUUGAAUUCUGCUGAGGAUUGUACUCCAGUGGGGAAAGUUUUAGGUUUAGAUUCUGAUUCUAUCAGUUUUGCUGACCAUGAAACUGUGAUUGAGGAUUCAGUUUAUGAUAGAGGUGGUGGUAACUGUGCUACUGCUGUGAAAACUCCUCCUGUUGAGGCCUCAUUAUCUCCCGAAAUUCAAUGUCAGUCCCGUUCAAAAGUGCUGGUUUUCAAGUCGGCAGCGACGCCUGUUUGUUAUGGUGCCGGCCACCUCGUCUCUGGGGUCACCGAUAAGAGGAAGUGCAGGCGUAGGGGGAGUCUUAAAGGAGGUUGUCAAAAAAUCAAUCUUUCUGUUGAAAAGAGCAAAGAAGAAGUGGUGAAUGAUUUGCAGGAGUCUCCUAUUCCUUUGCUUGCUGAGGCUUCAGUUCGGUGGCUGUUAUCUCCUUGCGAUGAGGAUCGUGAGAACGAGGGAAGUGAUUCAAGAAAUAGCUUACACCAAUGUCGGACAAUGUAUGAUGAUGCUUCGGGUAGACUUAAUUUACUAGCUUCAUCUUCAAUGUUAUGUGAAAAUGCAUCUGAUUUAUUGUGUGCUGACAGCAGCUGUGAUGAUAGUGGUAGUACUGAUAAUAUGGCGAAUAAAAGGAGAAAUAGGAAUUUUAUACUGUCACCUAUAAAAGAUUCUGAAUUCCAGGGGGUUUUGCAACCUUCAAAUGAUAAAGUUGACGAGCUUUUGUUGGCUAUUUCUCCAAGUUCUAGUUAUAGCUGCCAUGGCAUCAGCUCAAGGGAGGGGAAAAGUUCUAGUGACAAUGUAAUUGGAGAAAAUUCUGCAUUAUGUAUUGAUUCUUUAAGUAGUGGCAAUGUCAUUCAGACACCAAAUUCGGACUCGAGUUCAGGUGCGCGUGUUGGAGGGUCAAGGUCAGAGGUGUUUCACAGAAACCUUGUCCUUUCUGAACUUGAUUCAAUGACUGACGCUCUAAACAGAAUGGAACUAUCCCCCAGAAGUGAGAUGUCGACAUGGGAAGCACCUUGUUUAGGUUUACAUUUUGCAGAUAUGGCUGCACCACCUAGUUCCAUUGAGCUCAGUCAGCUUCCAGAAGACGUGGAUAGUGCUUCUUCUUGGAUGUUCAAUUCUACAGUGGACAAUAUGACAGUCUCUCAAAUGAGGAUAUCAUGGCGAGAUGGGUUGGUGAGCAGAAUUCAGGAAACUGAUGAAUUUGAUUGGUGUUGCUUGUCAGACGAAGAUGUAGAUGCUGAUGGAUGCCUCGGUGAACAGGUAACGUUGCACCAGCCGAUCGAAUCUGGUGAAGGUAAAGAAAGUUACCAGAGUAGUAACUGUGGUGGGAAAAGCUAUCCAGAGGCUAAAUCAGGUGAAGAUCAAGAAAAUGAUCCAGGACUAGACAUUGAUAUAUUUCCUGUGCUUAGCGAGUAUGAACCCUGCAUCUCCGCUAGAGGCAAGAAAAGACUGUCAUCGCAUAGGCCUAACAUAUGUGCCGAAUCCAUAUGCACCGAUGGGGGUGGCUUAGUUGCUUCAGGUGAUUCAGAUUGGACGUACUGCCGUGAAAACCACUUGUUUCAGGUCAAGUAAUCGCAACUCAAAAUGGUGUGCUGAAAAACUCUUCAGCAGAGGUGAUGAUGCAUUGUGGAGUUGAUGGCAGCAUAUUUAUGAUGAAAAAGGAAGCACUUCACUUAUUUUUCUCUCAACUGCGUAGCAGCCAAUCUUAUCCUAAGAUCAAUAUGAUGAGCAAGAUCAGGACUUAUUGGAGUGUGGAGUCUGAUCAUCGAAAUUAUUAGGGGUAAGUUUGUAAUUUUAGUGUCCCUACGAUUAUAAGGGAGAUGUAUGAGUGUUUAUUUAAAGAAAGAUUUUGUACGUACAUUAAGUCUAUAUUUGUAUUAGUUAAAUGAAAUAAAGAUGUAAUAGAAUUUGGA